CACAAACUCUCUUUUUCCGCUACCACCACAAAGAGAAGAAAAAAAUGGUUCGCCUCCUAAAUUUUAUCAAUAUUAGCAGUAGUAACAAGACGCUCACUCUGCAGAGUAAAUCAGCUGAGGCCGAUGAAGUUGAUAUUAGAAUACCACAGAGGGAUACUGUGUUGGGAGGAAGCUCUAAUAAUUUGUCAGGCUCUUCACCUUCGGCUAGAUCGCCUUCAUUAAAAAAGCAAACUCCAACAACACCAAUUUUAACGGAAAGAGAAAUCGAGAAGGUUUUUGAUACAAUUAAAAUUAUAGAUGAUCCUGAUGAGAAGAGUCAAAGUAGUAAUAAGCCACCGAAAGAGAAAAAGUGUCUAGUGUCCUUUGGGGAAGCAAACAAAUUUGCUAAUAUUAACAUGAGAGGAAGUGUAGAGGAUGCUAUGCAAAUCUGUAAACAAAUAUUCAAUAUUGAUGAAUCAACAAGUGUUAGAUUGGAUGUCUAUGAUCCGAAAGUGGAGGUUUAUGUUGUUGCAGAGACUAUGAAUCAAAUCAAAUCAUGUAAAGAAAAGUUAUCUUCUAAACCUAUCAAAUUACGUUUAGAACUCAACAAACCACUCGUUAGUUUUGAAGAACAGAUGGGUUGGAUUGAGAUGAAAUUGUUGGGUUCUGGUGCAUUCGGAGAAGUUAAAAUGGUCUAUGAUAAGAUUCACUCCAAGACAAUGGCCGUUAAAAAGAUACACGUCUCUAAAGGACAAAAGGAAUACAAGGAAAAAAUUGAAAAGGAAAUUCAGGUAAUGCAAUCGUUGGAACAUCCAAAUAUUGUAAAAUGUUUUGGAUAUCAUGAAAAUGGAGAAUUUUUCUACAUUAUGAUGGAAUUAAUGCUUGGUGGAUCACUGAAAAGUGUAUUGAAACGUAUUGGAAAAGGUCUUACUGAAGAUUUAAUUCAAGAUUAUCUUAAACAAAUUAUAUCAGCUUUAGUAUAUAUACACGAGGAGAUACCUACACAUGUUUACCAUCGUGACUUGAAAUGUGACAAUUUCUUGUUAGCUGGUGGUUUAAUCAAACUUGCUGACUUUGGCGAAGCAAAGGUUAUACAGAAAGGACAAACAUUAUCACAAACUCGUAACUCUGUUGUGGGAACAUUAACAUUCUGUAGUCCAGAAAUGUUAAAGGGAGAUCCAUCCUAUAAACGAUCUCAUGCACCUGAUAUUUGGAGUUUGGGUAUGUGUAUUUUGGAAAUGAUUUUCGGAUACAAUAUUUGGGAACGAGAAUUUAGAAAGAGUAUUUUAUCAUCAACUGGACAUUCUGAAAAUUCAGAUUCUGAUCCAGAAGCACUUUACAGCGAAUAUAGAUUGACUGAUUUUAUUGUGAAGAAUUUAGAUACAUUACCAACAAAGGUCAUACCAGAAUUGCAAGUUUCAGAAGAAUUGAAAGAUCUUAUUACGAAUUGUCUCAAAGUUAAUCCAGCUGAUCGUCCAAAAGCAAGUGAAUUGCUCAAACAUAAAUUCUUCUCCCUUUCCAUUCCAAGAGGUACCCUCAAACAAGAAAUUCUGGAACAAUUCCACUUCUUUACAGAUGAAUGCGAGAAACUCCAACAAAAAGCCCUUCCAACUUACUUUUCCACUGUUUUCAAGCAAACAGCUAAAACAACCAAUGACCAAGAAGAAGAAUAUAGUGAAGACUAUUUUGAUUAAGAAUAUAUUAUGUACAUAAAAACUCUAUUAACUUUAUUCCUUGC